CGAGAUGUUUUUUCUACGACUACAAUCAACACAUUUCCACUCUAGCUGGGCACAGAACCAACCAACCCCAGCGUUUCUUAAAAUACAACCUAUACACAAAUAAACAUAUCUUUCUUAGUUACAAGGGGACAUCAUUCUAAAUUCCACACAGACAUGGCGGCAACAGUUGACUUCAGGACCCAUGUUGACCAGUCAUGCAGGUACUCAGAGGAAUUUGUCAACAUUUAUUAUGACUGCAUGGACAAGAAGAGGCGGAACCUGACUCGUCUGUAUCUUGACAAAGCAACUCUGGUGUGGAACGGAAACGCAGUGUCAGGCCACGAUGCUCUUGGAGAAUUCUUUGAGUCACUUCCAUCCAGCGAGUUCCAGGUCCACACACUGGACUGUCAGCCAGUACAUGAACAAGCAACCCAAGGGCAGACUACGCUGCUUGUGGUCACUGUGGGAAUGGUAAAGUUUGAUGGGAACAAGCAGAGAUACUUUAACCAGAACUUUCUCCUGACGGCACAAGCUUCACCCAACAGCGAUCAACCUGUUUGGAAGAUAGCAAGUGACUGCUUCCGUUUCCAAGACUGGAACAGCUGAAAUAACCUGUGGCCACUGUUUCUCAUUUCUCUCUUUUCUGUAUGUACCCAUAUCCCAUUUUUGUGAAAAGCUUCAAGUUGUAAUAUGUAAAGUAUACUGUGUGCCCAUUUUAUUUUGU